AUGGUGAUUAAAGCCCUCUACGAUUACCGACCAGAACCUGGCAAUAGUCAGGAAUUGGCUUUCAGCAAGGGAGACUUCUUUCACGUUAUCAGCAGGGAGGAUCAUUCGGAUUGGUACGAGGCCUGUAACCCUCUUAUCCCUAGUGCUCGGGGGCUCGUGCCCGUAUCCUUCUUCGAAGUUAUCGCAAAGAACGAAAGGGAUAGUGGUGGUUCCGACGAUCAUAAAAAGGUUCAUCACGACUCUGGUUUCGCCGACCGCAAUAUCUCCGACCCCUAUCCUCCCAAUAAUCAACCUUCUUUCAGAAUGUCUACCCUGAAGGGCCAGGGCGCCAUGGUCUAUGGAAUUGUUCAGUACGAUUUCCAAGCUGAACGACCUGAUGAACUGGAUGCUCGCGCUGGUGAAGCCAUCAUUGUUAUUGCUCAAUCCAAUCCGGAAUGGUUUGUCGCAAAGCCUAUCGGUCGCUUGGGUGGCCCUGGAUUGAUUCCUGUUUCCUUUAUCGAACUGCGCGAUAUGCAGACUGGUCAGGCCGUGACUGACCCACUUGAGGCUGUGCGCCGUGCUGGAGUGCCAAAGGUGGAGGAGUGGAAGAAGAUGACAGCCGAAUACAAGAACAGCAGCAUCACUCUCGGCAAGAUUGAACCGACACCUAGUGGAGGUAAUAAUAGUAACAGCAUGAUGGGAAUGACCGGCGCGAUGGAUAAGAUGUCCAUGAGUUCAACUUCGAGCCAUAUGAGCCAAAACGGCAACGCCUAUGCAUACCAUCAACGUGAACCCAGCAAGGGCACCUUGCCAUCGCAGUCCCAACAGACUCAGCCCCCACCUCAAGGAUACCAGCAAAUUCUCGCACCAGUCGCAGCAUCCAUUCCCCGUUAUUGCUUUGACAAUGACAAGUACUGGUACAUUAUUGAGGCUCAGAUGGAAGAUGGCCGGUGCUGGGAACUAUCGCGAUUUUACCACGAUUUCUAUGAUUUCCAGAUUGCACUUUUGACCCAGUUUGAGGACGAGGCCGGUAACCGGGGUCGCCCACGAACCCUUCCCUUCAUGCCAGGCCCUGUCACGCAUGUGACUGAUGCGAUCUCCAACGGCCGUCGUCAAAGUCUGGAUGAGUACAUCAAGAAACUUAUCGCUAUGCCCUCGCACAUUGCGCGAUGCCAAUUGGUUCGCCAGUUGUUUGUGCCUCGACCAGGCGACUUUGAGAUUGAUCCCGAUGCCUUCGGCCAGGAGGCUCGGUACUCCGAUACCUCCCACCACUCCUCUGCCGGCGUUGAGCCCGCCCAACCCGUGUCCCGCCAAUCAUCCCAGACACCCAUGAACGCAUCCCAAGAUCGCAUCUCGCAGCAGCAGGGACGCAGUACCCCAGGUCCGGGAUCUUACUUGAAUGGUGGACCACCACCCAUGAACCGCCAGGCUAGCUCCCUCACACAGGCGUCUGCAAACUCCGCUUCCAGUGCGAUGAAGGUGAAGGUGUUCUUCCAGGAUGACUUGAUUGCUAUUCGUAUUCCGUCCGGUGUUAGCAUGCAACAUCUCAAGGACAAACUUCAAGAUCGACUCAAAAUCCAAGACAAUAUCAUUGUACGAUACAAGGAUGAACAUUCUGGUACAUCUGUUGAUAUGGUCACUGAUCAGGACCUCGAAGAUGCAAUGCAGCGUCAUACAAAGUUGACACUGUAUGUCAGCAUUGCUUAA